AUGAAAGGGGAGACAGUUAUUCUUUCGGAGCUAAACUGUCAGCAAUACAAAAAUAGUAAGGAAGAAGGCCGCAUUGCUGACCAUGAUGACGAUAUGGACAGUGAGGAUGAAAAAGAGUUAUCACGAUUAAAAAAAGCAAUUUUGUUAAUCAUAUUAUAUUUCACUAACAUAGCUAUUGGAAUGGCUUACGUUAUAUUAACGCCUUUUUUCUCUGUAUUGGCUAAAAAUAAAGGUGUUCAUCCAUAUGAAAUAAGCAUUAUCUUUGCUAUGUAUCCUUUUACGAAGUUUUUCUUAUCGAUCAUUGUAGGCAUUCUUUUACCUCGAAUCGGUAUUAAAACGGCUAUUUGGAUUGGUUUGGUCUUGGAUGGUGGAAGCCUAAUCAUAUUUGGAAUGCUAGAUCAAAUCAUCGAUCGAAAUAUCUUUGUCAUAUUUUGCAUCAUAACUAGAGCAUUACAAGGUGUUGGCGCAGCUUUUUAUUUAACUGCCGGCGUUGUCUUUAUAAUUUCAAUACAGAAAAAUGCUAUUGCAUCUUCAGUCGGCUUAUCAGAAUUUUCAUUAAGCUUAGGUAUGAUACUUGGUCCCAUUAUAGGUGGUGUACUCUAUCAGUAUAGAGGUUUCAAAGCCCCAUUUCUAGCUAUAGGAAUUCUACUUAUAAUAAUUAGCUUCGCUGUCAUUAAAUUCCCGUCUAUUUAUCCUCUAGGCUUCGGACAAGCUCAAUCAUUCCGAACUACUAUGGAAAUUUUAACAAUACCACGUGUCAUGGUCUUAUAUAUAGCCAUGACUCUGAUAAAUACUUAUAUAGGCUAUCUCGAACCAAGUAUAGCAUUUCAUCUUAAACCGUUCCAUCUAUCGGAAUCUGAGAUUGGUGCAGUAUUUGGAGCAUUUCCGUUAACAUACAUGAUGUUUACCAUUAUUGUAGGUUAUGUUACUGAUAAAAUGGGAAAGUAUCGAUGGAUAAAUAUUUGUGGAAUGAUUAUCUGCGGAAUUGCAUAUCAAUUCUUAGGGCCUGCUCCAUAUCUGAAAAUGCAUCAAUCACUAGUAAUGACGGUAACAUCCUUAGCAUUUUUGGGCCUUGGAGCAGCUUCCUCUCUUGUUGCCACUUAUCCUGAUAUGGUAGAAGUCUUAGUCGCACGGUAA